GAUCAGCAACAGCAUUGAAAGGUGCAGUGCCAGUAAUCGAAUUGUAUGAUGGAAGGAGAUAGACAAUUGGAAGAAGAAGAAAAAGAAUCCAUGUGAUGUGAUAAUCGGACAAGGCCUAACAUACCUAUUUUUUUACUCGCCUAGUUUGUGGUGUAAUCUGUAAGUCGUGCAGUGCACGUAUUGCAAACGUUGGUACUAUGCGGUAAGCUUGUGUGUACUUGCAUAUAAAUGUGCUUGAAUGCGUGCAUGCAUGCAUGCAUCGAAAGCAAGUAUAAGCAGGAGAAGUUGCUAGUGCAGUGUUGAUUAUUGCAGUAUUUGAAAGAAAGACAGACAAUCAGCCAAUAGACAUUUUAUCAUCAUGAAGUGUCCAGAGAUACGACGGAUAACGUUCGCGCAUCACCUGUUGUGAAUCACAGUGAAGAUAUAAGUACUGGCUACUAAACUACAAUGUACGUAUGGUAUGUAUGUGUGUACGUCCAUACAUGCAUACAUGCUGGCAUGUGCUGAAGUAGAGAAGUGACAAAGUAGGACUGGAAAACACGCCGUACGCGUACGGCGUGCCUGUAGUAGGUAGGCACCUUGCGAACGUCGCCUACCACUCACUCGCCAGUCGCCCCAGCCUGCUGCCUCUCGUCGUCAGUCUUCAGUCUAUCUACUAGAUCCGAGUUUGGAUUUGAUCGCGUCCACCCUAAAUCCGAGUCCGCGCCCUCACCAGCGAUCGUCCGACGCCACGAUGCCGUUCCCAUCCCCGUCGUCUUCGCUCUCCUUGUCAGUGUCAAUAAUAUCGUCAGUUUCGUUGUCGUCGUCGUCGUCAUCGUCAUCGUUAUCAUCAUCGUCGUCGUCGCCAUCAUCAUCAUCACCAUCAUCAUCAUCAUCAUCAUCAUCAUCAUUGCCGUCGUCGUUGCCGUCGCCGUUGUCGCUGUUAUUGUCGUCGCAGCUUCCGUUGCCGUUGCCACCGCCCGUACACAGCACCACCACAGCAGAGCAAAUUGUCGACGCGCCUCGAUCGCGCUACAUCGCGAUGUAGCUUUCCCGUCGAUUCGGUUUAUUUUUUUAUUAUCAAGUGUCCGUAAACGUUGACACUAUCCGUACCACAGAAGGAAGGGGUUAGUUUCCAUGUCGGAAGACUCGGGCUUGUUUGCGUCCAACGAUAAUCUUCGUUCAAGUGCCUUUUUUUAAUCUUAUCAUUACUACUAUAAGCAAGACCUAUACCAAAACCAAUACCAAAAUAAGAAUAUCCAAUGAAUAAUACCGGAACGUUGUGACAGGCUGACUUGCAUCCUUUUCUUGUGGAACCUCACUGGUGCGGAAAAUUCAUAAUGAAAUCGUUAACAAGUUGACGAGAGUUAACGAGAUAGACCAGCCCACCAGGUACACCUCGGAUAUCAGGGGCAGCUGAUCAGAUAUAAAACGAAACCAGGGACGUUCUUUCGCACGGAAAAUUAGAUUUAGAUAAGACCAGUGACCGAGGAAGGAAGCGUCUCGAUACAGUCUACGGUCUGCUCGGCACAAUGUCACAAUUGAAUAUAAGCUCGGGGAAGCGAGGUCGUGGAGUACCGGGCACUUCGGCGUCGGCAGCCUCGGCAUUAAGUAGUUCUGCGGAUCUAGCCAGCCUCUUCGAGUGUCCUGUGUGCUUUGACUACGUCCUGCCACCUAUACUGCAAUGCCAGAGCGGUCAUCUAGUAUGCAGCAACUGUCGCCCUAAGCUCAACUGUUGUCCCACUUGUCGGGGCCCCCUAGGUAACAUCAGAAACCUGGCAAUGGAGAAAGUAGCGAGCAAUGUAAUGUUCCCCUGCAAGUAUUCGACAAGCGGUUGCACUGUAUCUCUUGUUCAUACGGAGAAAGCUGAUCACGAGGAUGCUUGUGAGUUUCGCCCUUACAGUUGUCCUUGCCCCGGUGCCUCUUGCAAGUGGCAGGGAUCCCUCGAACAAGUCAUGCCUCACCUUGUUAUGAGCCAUAAGAGCAUUACCACCCUUCAAGGUGAAGACAUCGUGUUUUUAGCAACAGAUAUCAAUCUUUCCGGAGCAGUAGAUUGGGUAAUGAUGCAGUCAUGUUUUGGUCAUCACUUUAUGCUCGUCUUGGAGAAACAAGAAAAGUACGACGGACAUCAGCAAUUCUUUGCCAUUGUUCAACUAAUUGGUUCAAGGAAACAAGCUGAAAACUUCGCGUACAGAUUGGAAUUAAAUGGUCAUAGACGACGGCUGACGUGGGAAGCUAUGCCAAGAUCUAUCCACGAAGGUGUGUCUUCUGCUAUUCUUAAUUCCGAUUGUUUAGUGUUUGAUACGUCGAUGGCACAAUUAUUUGCCGAUAAUGGAAACCUUGGGAUCAACGUGACCAUUUCUAUGGCUUGAAAUGAACAAAUGAUCAGAUAGGAAGCAAAUGAACAAUGCUGGACAAUGAAAAUCGUGCACGGCGUCACAUAUACAGUGGAGAUGUCUUCAUUCGAUAAGGUCGACCUUACAUGACUUCCCGUUCCUACCGCCUUGAUAUACUUGGAACUAAGAAUUGAAGGCUUUAUGGACUUCGGUCAACAUCCAGCCACGUACCUUCGACGAACAUUAAAAUGCGAAUCCCAAGUUUAAUAUUGAGCGAGCUCGGUGUUGUCAAUUCCCAGUCAGACUGCGCUCCCGAAAAAAACCGAGCUCAUUGAUUUGAAAUAAAUCAGAAAUCAAUUCAA